AUGAAAAUCUUUUGUUUUUUUAAAAUUCUAAUUCUUAAAUAAUAUUACAUUAGAAAACCAAAAAAAGAACUCUAAUAAGAGGAUCAAAGCCCUGGAAAGGAUGCUUUGAAUUUAUUUAAAUAGAACUAAAAAUUAAAAGAAGAUACUAUAACAGAGCAAAUAAAGAAUGGAGGUACGAUGUUGAAAUAAGAUUCGAAACAUGCAUCAGAAGUUAUCUAAGGUUAGGAUGAUGUAUGAAUCAUUUAUAUAUAUUAGCACAUCAAAUAAAGAAAUGAAAAAAAGGUUAAGAAAUUUGAAAAUGCGAUAUGA